GUUCAUGCCAAGUCACACAGUCGUGAGUGUGAAUGCUGCUUUGCUCACCUCCCCACGCUUGACUUGUGACUUGCAGCUUUUUGCCUCUUGCAGCGCACAACACACAAAUACCAGCGAUCACCUUCAACUUCCUACAAGCCUUGUCGCGCUGGCCCAAGCGCACUCCCAAAUCCCCCAUCCUCCUUCCCUGACGCGCCCUUCACUUCUCCAACUCGAAAGCUCUGCGACUCGCAAACAUGAAGGUGACGGGUAACGCGAGCGGUUCAGGUUCAUCACGCGAGGCGCGCAUAGCCUCUCACUCUCACAUCAAAGGCUUAGGUCUGACAGAGGAUGGCACCGCCUUACCUCUCUCCCAAGGGUUCGUCGGUCAAAAAUCAGCUCGAGAAGCUUGCGCAUUGAUCCUCGAUCUGAUCAGAUCCAAAAAGUUUGCCGGAAGAGCUCUGCUAUUGACGGGAGCGCCCGGCACUGGCAAAACGGCACUGGCGCUGGGCAUUGCACACGAACUUGGACAAAAGGUACCUUUUUGCCCAAUGGUCGGCAGCGAGGUGUUCAGCAGCGAAGUCAAAAAGACCGAAGUGCUCAUGGAGAACUUUAGGAGGGCCAUCGGUCUGCGCGUGCGGGAGACAAAGGAAGUCUACGAAGGCGAAAUCACGGAAUUGACACCGACCGAGGCGGACAAUCCCUUGUCGGGCUACGGAAAGACGAUUUCGCACGUCGUCAUCGGGCUCAAGACUGUCAAGGGUACCAAGCAACUUCGUCUGGAUCCCAGCAUAUACGAGAGCAUCAUGAAAGAGAGGGUGUCGGUGGGCGAUGUAAUUUACAUUGAGGCUAACACCGGAGCUGUCAAGAGAGUGGGUCGAUCAGACGCUUAUGCGACAGAGUACGAUCUGGAAGCGGAGGAGUACGUCGCUUUGCCAAAGGGGGAGGUGCACAAGCGCAAAGAAGUGGUGCAAGACGUUACGCUGCACGAUCUUGACAUUGCGAAUGCCAAGCCUCAAGGUGGUCAGGAUAUCAUGAGCGUUGUGGGACAAUUGGUCAAGGGAAGAAGAACGGAGAUCACGGACAAGCUCAGGGGAGAGAUCAACAAAGUGGUGGAUGGGUACAUUGAGCGAGGAAUUGCAGAGUUGGUACCUGGUGUGCUCUUCAUCGACGAGGUGCACAUGCUGGAUCUCGAGUGCUUCACCUACCUCAACCGAGCGUUGGAGAGCACCAUCUCGCCGCACGUCAUUUUGGCUACUAAUCGAGGCAAAUGCGUCGUGCGAGGAACAGAGUACGAUGCGGUUUCGGGGGGAGAAGGAAUCGUCUCUCCCCAUGGUAUCCCACUUGACCUCUUAGAUAGGUGCAUGAUCGUCAGGACUUUGCCAUACACCAAGGAAGAGAUCAAAGAGGUGCUCAAGCUGAGGGCUAGGAUCGAGAAUCUGAAUCUCAACGAAGACGCGCUAGAUUUGCUCACCGAAGAAGGUGUCAAGAGCUCCUUGCGAUUUGCCCUGCAACUCCUCUCCCCAGCUUCCAUCUUGGCAAAGGUCUCGACGAGGACAGAGAUUAUGGUGGGAGAUGUUCAGGAAGCCAAUACGUUGUUCAUCGACGCGAGGAGGAGCGCGAGGUCAUUGACGAGCGGACAAGGAGGAAAAUUCCUUUGAGGGGCUUGGCAAUGUUCCCUCAGCUCAGACAGUCUACCACUUUUGGCGCGCCGCAUUGGGGAGCCCUAGGGCGGACAAAUGAAAACAUGCGGUUUUGAACCCCCGACAUUUUUGGGGGGGGGCGAGCAGAUUUCGCGCUUUUCUCGAUACGAAUGCGUGUGAUGAGAGGCUUCCUUUCCCCCUCGGGACGGGUUUUGCUUCGGAAGAUUACCAUGCGAAUCACCGGUACAGAAGUAAAAGCAAGAGCUUGCUUGCUUGCUUGCUUGCUGAUGCUGGUGCUGGUGCUGCUGCCAGCUAGCUAGCUCACAGCAUAGGACCGCAAGGCUUCGACACCGCAAUUCAACCUUUGUGGAUUCUCAACGGCUUCAGGGGGUGCGGGCGUGGCUUCAUGUGUUUGAUCUCUUGUUCGCUAUUCAGCCCACGGAAUUGUGAUCAUCUUU